GCUCGCCAAUCGGCAGUCUCACCAGAUCGGGACAGACCGACCGCAGCCUCGCAGGUUGGAAGAUGGUCGCAUUAUGGAACCUCGGAACCCUGAAGACCUUCGCGAUGACGGCGGAUACAUCCACUUUUCCCUAAAGAAUCCCAAUGCUAUCCAGACACUCGAACUCCAUGCUGAUUGCAGCGAUGGAUACCUACGAGCCUCUAAAGUACGAGGCGUUGUCUUAUGCCUAGGGCGAGACUGCCUGCAUGAGCACCAUUCAAUGUGGGGAGAAUUGUCUGCGCAUCCCUUCGAAUGCGUAUGAAGCCCUUGUGCACUUGCGCAAGAACUCAGGCAAGAGGACACUGUGGAUCGAUGCAAUCUGUAUCAACCAGUAUGACUUGGCAGAGCGGAAUCAACAGAUUUAGCUUAUGGGAGACAUCUAUUCAAAGGCGGCUAGUUUUCUUGUUUGGCUAGGUAUCGUAGAUCAUAACAGCGAUUCAGUUUUCGCGCACUUCGGCGGUGCGGGAAUCAAGGAAUCUGCCAACAGUGAAUUGACUGGCGUCAAAAGUGAAGAGUCGGAAGGAGUGAAGCGCAUCGUCCUGCCUAG